AUGGCUGUAGCAACCAUCGACAUUAUGCCGAAGCAGGCAUCCUCCUCCCCUCUGUCCUCCAACAACCCCUCCAUGAACAAGCGCUGGCCCCCUCUUGCCGACAAGACCUCCCUGCCUUACAAGCUCACCACCUUGUCGCGCCAGAAGCUCGCCCGGGAGGCCACUGCACCGGACCCAGAUAUCAGACGGUGCCUCGGCCAUUUCCGCCUGCACGUUAUCUCCAUGGAGUGGGCACAGAAGGACAUGACCACUCGGAUCAACUCUUUCGAACUGGAGGAUGACGAGUCCGAAGAGGAGGAGGAAGACAGCAAGCGAGACGACGCCAAGGAGAUGGACUCUGAUGAGAGUGACUCCACCGAAGAUGAGAAGGAAGACUCCGAGACCAAGGCCAAGGAGGGUACUGCUACCGACGCCCCUUCGGACAAGGAACCCGUCCAGGUGACCUUCACCGUCUCGUUCGACCAAUCUACUCCAACCCCUCCCUCUCCAUCCGAUGAUAAAGAACAAGGUCUCUUGGAGAAAGGCCGCAACUGUCUAGAGAAGACAAAACACCUUUGGCAAUCACCUGCGCAGUGCAUACCUGUUCGCAUUGCCGGGUAA